AUUAUUUACUAUUGAUUUAAUAUUUUACCAAUGUGCAACCACAUCUCUACAGAAACAUAAAAAGAAAACAAAUAUAAAAAUGGCGGAUGCAAACCGCACCGUCUGACUGUGCUGAUAUAUUUUAGCGUUUGUAACUUUUACAUAAAUAAAAGAUUUGAUUUUGUGCUAUGAAUUUGUACACUCUGAUAUUCCAGAGAAAUUUACUUUACUUUGCAUAACCAGAUACCCAAGAUGGAUCAAGACGAUGAAAUUAAAUCCGGUUGUUUGUUAUUUCCAGCCGGAGGGAAUAUGUUCAGCAAAUUUCCCAAAAAGAAAAACUGGCAACAAAAAUAUUGCAUUCUAUUAAACGCAAGCAAACAGGGAAUUGAACGACUAGAGAUCUACGACAAUAAAGACGAGGUCAACACUGGUGCCAUCCCGAAGAUCAUUACACUUGAAAAUUGUAUAAAAAUAACCCAUUCUAGUCCAAACACUAUUACUAUACUUACUAAGUCACACACUCAACAAAUAAGUGCACAAUCAGAAACUGAGACUAAAGAAUGGGUACAUGCUUUGCAAACUGUUGCAUUCAAAGGAAGGGACUCAUGUCCUAUUAGCUGUGAUGAAGACAAUGAUCUGUACUGCUCAUCUGGAGAAGGAGUGUUCUCUGUAAAAAUGUGCUCAUCUGAAGCUUCAACUAGGUGUGGAUUUGAGCCCAUUAAAUAUCUCCUACUUUUAACAUCCACUGCCAUUGAAUUAAGAGAUUUAAAUGACAACAAACUAUAUGCCACAUGGCCAUACAGGUACAUAAGGCGAUAUGGUUACCGCCAAGGUAAAUUUACAUUUGAAGCUGGAAGAAAAUGUGACACAGGAGAGGGAAUAUUUCACUUGGAACAUCCAAACCAGUCUGAAAUCUUUAAAUGUCUCUCUUUGAAGAUGAAAACUAUGAAACAAAUGAUUGGUGGUGAUAAUUUAAACAGUCCAGAGCAUGCAGAGUUUAAUAUUCAACACAGUGCCAAUUUAUUUCCUGGGUCUAGGACUCCUCUUGUUGCGGCUAGACCUGACGAUUUAAACUUGAGUUCUUUAUCUUUCAAAACAAGUUCAGUGUCAUCCAGUCAGCAGAGUAGCUGCUCUGAAAGAGACACAGCACCAUUGUUAAUGCCCAAACCAGCAUUGAAACCUAAGCCCCAGAAGCCACCACGCAAGAUAAUCAAUCUGCCAAAACAUGUCCCUAAAGAUGUUUCAAGUACUACAGAAGAUAGUAAUUUCAGCAGAUAUAGUCGUUUGGAUAACUAUGAGCCCAUUGAUCAGGUCAAAAGAGAGCCCAGUCCAUCAUCUGUGCCAUAUGACAAAGUUGAAGUGAGAACUGAAGCAUGGAAAACAUUAGGGAUUGAUGAACCUGAACAUGUUGAACAUACACCCAAUUUGGGAGACAAUCCUAACUGCAUCAAACUUAUUUCUCGGUCUCAAGAUAAUUUGAAUACCCCAGGAUUGAUUUUAAUACCUAGUCCUGUAGUGGACCCUGAGGAUGAGAACUAUGACAGGUUGCAGUAUUUUGGAUCUACAAGUAAACUUAAUAAAUCAUCAAGAUAUAAAAAAAUGGAAGCACGUCCAACAACUUUGGCUCUGGGUGAGCCCAAAAUUAAAGAUACUUGGAAUGAUUAUGAUGAGGUUGAGAAUGUUAUGCAGACUGCAAGAUUGGCUGAUGAUUCCCACUUGGGAUAUGGUAUGAUUCGGAAACCAAACCCACCAGGGCCGCAGGUGCCCACUGCAGCUCAGGUCCAGGCUUUGCAAAAUCAAGUCGGCUUAGAGGAAGUCAACCAUAAUAUUUGUAAUGGUACAGACUAUGCUAUAGUAAGUCGGCCAAAAAGGGUGUAAUUGGCUCAAUUAAAUUAAGACUGAUAUGUUUGCUACCAGUUACCGAAAGUGGUAUCAGUAUUUCAAUUUCAUUGGCAGUUUUCUAUUUUGUUCAGCACAGAUGGCGAAUGAUUGGAUCACAUUGUUAAAAUGAUUAUUCCAAAGUGAGACUGUUUUGCAUUCCUUAUUUUACAUUCUGAAUAGGUUAAGUUAACUUUAAGUGUACAUUCAUAUGUAUAUUUUAUCUAUGCACAAGUGUUUUAUGCAUAUAAUGUUAUGGAAAAUAUUAUUGUAGUGAUUAUUGUGCCUUAUACAUGUAAUUUGAUCAUCUACCAACUUUGUGCCAAGUUUAAAAAUCUAUUUGAUGAAUCCUAUUUUUAAAUUUUAAUUAUAACUUGUAAGAACUAGGAUGUGCCUCUUUUAUGUAUCUCUUUACAAACAGAUGUGUGAAUAAGUGUAAUAUCUACUGAAUCUAGGAAAAAGGCCAUUGCACAAUGAAUCUGUAUGCAGUAUAGUAUAAUAUACAAAUACAAAAUAAUUGCAUGAGCUUUGGUGUGCACUGGCCUUAAAUGGUGUUAUAAUCAAGUAUUACUUUUGACUUAUUGUUAUUAUAUGCAAUGGUGCUCCAGGCUAUCAUUAUAGACUCAUUUAGGAUAGGUACUUGAGGUUUCCCUACAAAAUUUGCAAAAAUAUAUUCUGAGUCACCAUCCUUUUAAGUAAUUUUAAAUGUGUUAUUAAACUUGAAUAUUAAAUGAGCCAUAUUUUCAUUUAUCAUUUGAAUAUCUUAGAAUGAUUGUUUACUGUAACAGUGUGGUAAAUAGUAUUCAGGCCAUAUUUUUGUGAUUAUAUAAUUUGUAUUAAAACAUGAUAUUUUAUGAAUAAAAUCAUUUAAUCAUA